UCUCAGUAGGGGGCCCAAAAGGGGGUGAACAGUGUGUGUGUGUGUGUGUGUGUGUGUGUGUGUGUGUGUGUAGCGCGCGCUUGCAUCUGUGCGUAACGCAACUGCCUCCGGCGUCCCCGCCCAAACGUCGAGUGGAUUUGGAUGGAGGACGCCAUGCGGCGUGCUGUGGCAUUGGUCCUCUUGGCCGCUAUCUUUUGCUCCUCAUCAGCAGGGGGCCCCGGCGCCGGGGUCUCCGAGCGAGCGAGAAGACGGCCGCCGAGGCAGACGCUUUUGUCGUCGCCGUGGAGCUCAGGAAUCUGCUUGAACGGAGGAACGUCCGUACCCAGCCUGACGACGGGCCGACACAUGUUCUGCUUGUGUACCGACGCUUUUGAGGGAACCUUCUGCCAGACGGCGGCAGCUUUCUCGGCGGCUUCCGGCGCCGACUGCUACGAGGGCGUGGGGCUUUACUACCGAGGCUUCCGGUCCCAAUCGGAGAGCGGUCGCCCGUGCGAGCGCUGGGACGUCGACACCAGGCAACGCUACCUGAGCUUGGACGUGGACGGCGGGAGACACAAUUACUGCAGGAACGUGCGCUUCAAGCGCCGCCCGUGGUGCCACGUGUGGAAGGAGCAGCGGCUGACUUGGGAAUAUUGCCAAGUCCCUUCAUGCGCCUCGCUGCAACCGUCGGUGUUGGCAGCGCCCACCGAGGCCCCCGGCACCACACCUGCAGGUAAGCCCCGCCCCCCAUCCUUUCUCGUUCACGGAUUCCCGAGUGACGCCCGGCUGGCUCGCUUGUUGUGGUGCCAGCAAGCACUCGGCCCCCGCGGAGCCCCCCGUCCGGUAAGCUGGGCCCAAUUCCUGCGCCAGGUGUGGCGCCGAAUGCACGCAGGCAGGCAGGCGCGCCCUGAUCCGCGCGCCCCUUUCUCUCCGUUGCCAGCGAGGGCCACGUGCGGGCGUCGUUCUCGCCGCAAGCAGAUGCGUAUCGUGGGCGGAGCGGCGGCGCCGGUGGAGUCGCAGCCGUGGCUAGCCGCCAUCCUGUGGCGCGGCAAGUCCAAAGAGAAGGUCUUCCGCUGCGGGGGCAGCUUGAUCGCCCCCUGCUGGGUCCUCAGCGCCGCUCACUGCUUUCCCGACGGGGCGCGCGCCAACGAGCGGCGCUUCCUGGUGGCGCUGGGGAAGAGCGCCCUCAACCGGAGCGAGGCCCUGGAGCAGAUCUUCCGCGUGGACAAAAUCAUCUUGCACCCCGACUUUGACAACGAGCGAGGCAAUUACGACAACGACAUAGCGCUGCUCAAGCUGACGCCCAAAGCAAACGGCCGCUGCGCCCGGGAGAGCGCCGGGGUGCGCCAGGUGUGCCUGCCCACCGCAGAGGGCCGCCGCGACCUCCCCGCCGGCUUGCCGUGCGAGAUCGCCGGCUUCGGCAAAGAGAAGCACGGCCUGUGGUACCACUCGCAGCUCCUGCGGCAGGCGCACGUCAACCUGUUGGACGCCGGCGUGUGCGGCGCCGCCGAUUAUUACGGGGACAAGAUCACGGACAACAUGUUGUGCGCCGGCCGCGAGGACUGGACACAGGACGCCUGCGAGGGCGACUCAGGCGGUCCUCUGGCGUGCCAAGUGGACGGGCGUUUCGUGGUGGUGGGCGUGGUGAGCUGGGGCGAAGGCUGCGCCCGCCAGCGCCGACCCGGAGUCUACGCCAAAGUCCGCAACUACAGGCAAUGGAUCCGGCAGCACGCCGGCGUUUGACCACCGGGGCGGCGACACCUCCAAUUGCUUCAAUUCUUUCGACACGACUCCGUUUUUCAAGCCAUUUCCCCCUUCAAAGUGUGCUAGCUCCCUCCGCCUACGGUAUUGUUUCGAGAAUUAGCGUCAGCCCAUCGAGAGGACGCCAGUCAAAUCGGGGUGCAGUUCGGUGCUUAGCCUGAAGAUGGCGGCACAGCGCACACGUAGAACACCCGUUGAGCAGCCCCGAAAAGUGGAUUUGGGGAGGACAAA